AUGGGUUUGUUGGAUCAUGGCUUGUGUCUCUUCAGUCACCUUACGGUCUUACUAAACGGGAAUUCUCAUGGCUUCAUCAAACCGGAACGGGGCAUUCGUCAAGGGGAUCCUCUCUCUCCGCUCUUGUUCAUCCUCUCUGCAGAAGCUUUGGUAAAUUCUCUAAACAUUCCCGAAGCAACUGGACGCAUUCAAGGAAUCAAACUCUCACCGGCUUGUCCCUCAGUGCACCAUUUACUGUUUGCGGAUGAUAGUUUGCUUAUGUGCAAAGCAAACUCAAUGGAAGCAACUGAGAUCUUAGAAUGUCUGAAAAAUGAUGGAGAAGCUUCUGGCCAGGUAAUUAAUCUCCAGAAGUCAUCUAUAAUAUUUGGAGCAAAGGAACCAGACAAUAUCAAAGAGGAAGUCAAGAACGUCUUAGGCAUUGUGCAAGAAGGUGGAGAAGGUUCUUAUCUAGGACUUCCGGAAUGCUUUAGUGGUUCGAAAAGGAAACUCCUUAGCUUCAUCAGAGAGAUACUACAAGGGAGGUUAAAGGGCUGGUUCUCCAAAUCACUCUCCCAAGGAGGUAAAGAAAUACUUCUGAAAUCAGUAGCUCUCGCUCUUCCCGUGUUUGCAAUGUCUUGUUUCAAAUUGCCAAAAGAUCUUUGUGCUAAGCUGAAAAGUGCAAUGAUUGAGUUCUGGUGGAGCAAUGGUACCAACAAGAAGAAGAUAUCAUGGAUUGCUUGGCAGAAGUUAUGUAAAGACAAGGAGUUGGGAGGACUGGGGUUUAAAGACAUUGAGAAGUUCAAUCAAGUGUUACUUGCGAAACAAGCUUGGAGAGUAUGGAAACAUCAUGAUUCCCUUUUGGCCCGAAUAUUACAGCAUAGGUAUUUCCCUCGGUCAUUAUUCUUGGAAUGUGUUCCUAGAGCCCCGAGAUAUAGACAAGACGCCAUUGUGGAUCUGACCUUAACUGUGGAUCAUCUGAUCAACCCUGCGUCAAAAAGGUGGAAUGAGACUCGAGUGAGACAGCUCUUUGAAGAAGAAGAUGUAAGCAUCGUCCUUAAUACUCGUUUCAAUCUACGGUCUGGUGAUUCUUUGGUCUGGGGUUUCUCAAGAAGUGGUUUCUAUGACUCCAAGAGUGGAUAUAAACUCCUUGAAUCCAUACAAGAGUUGCAAUCUCCUACACCGCAGCCCCUUCCUCCUCUAGAGAAAAAGCUAUGGAGUGACCUCUGGAAAACAAAAACAUCUCCAAAACUUAGACACUUUCUGUGGCGAGCUCUCUCUGGUGCACUCGCAGUCAAAGAAAGGUUGAGAUCAAGGGGUAUCAACUUGGAUACAACAUGCCCUCUGUGUGGACUUCAUCAGGAGACCAUAUGUCAUUUAGUAAAAAUCAAAGAAUUAGACAAUCUGAGAGGCUACGUUUCCCUUGGAUACUCUCGCACCUAUGGAAAGCAAGGAAUAGCUUCUGUUUUGAAUAGAGAAGAUUCUCGGCAGCUACCAUCUUCUCCAAAGCAGCUGAGGAAUCUUCCAUUUGGUUUAAGCUCAUUCAGAAAGAUCAGGAAGAAUAAAGUGCAACCAGAGUAUCUGAUAAUGAGCGGGCUUGGCAAAAACCUCUCAUGGGGUUCGUAA